AUGUCCGACACAUCGAGCACAGUAGGACGGAGGGAAGAGACGGAGUUCGGCAAUGACUCUAGGGACGUUCGCAUGGUGAACCCCAGCAUGUUGCGCCACGACGCGUACUCGGUGGGCUGGGUGUGUGCUCUUCCAAAAGAACAAACCGCGGCAAUAUCGAUGCUUGACGAGCGCCAUCCAGAUAUGCCCAAUAUGAAGCCACCAAACGACACCAAUGCUUAUACUCUCGGAUCCAUCGGCAAGCACAACAUUGUAAUUGCCUGUCUGCCCAAAGGCCAGAUCGGCACCGUGUCAGCGGCAACUGUGGCUUCAAAGAUGGUGACCACUUUCCCUUCCAUCAAAGUCGGUCUCAUGGUUGGGAUUGGUGGUGGCAUUCCGUCAAAGGUCAGAUUGGGAGAUGUUGUUGUCAGCACACCGUCGGGGACACAUCCAGGAGUCGUCCAGUGGGACAUGGGUAAGACAAGAGACGGUGGUAGAUUUGAACGUACAGGGGCCUUGAACAACCCUCCAACUUUCUUGCUUACCGCCCUCACCAGGCUGGAAUGCGACCACGAUAUGAUUGGCUCCAAGAUUCCAGAAUAUUUGGAUGAUCUCGAGCGAAACUGGCCUAGGCUCGCGCCGAAAUAUUUACGGUCAGAUUCUCUACGCGAUGUUGUGUUCAAAGCAGAUUGUAGCCAUAUGGAUCGAGACGAAACCCAAGAGAGCGUCGGCUCUGAGGACGACGAUGAACCUGAAAAUUGUCGGUAUUGCGACAAGACGAAAGCCAAGGAGCGCAAGCCUAAGGAAACGGGUGUCCACUACGGGCUUGUUGCGUCUGGGAAUCAAGUCAUUAAAGAUGGCAUAUUCAGAGACAAGCUCAACAAGGACCUCGGCGGCAACGUUCUUUGUAUCGAGAUGGAGGCGGCCGGGCUCAUGGCAAACUUUCCGUGUCUAGUCAUCCGAGGAAUCUGUGAUUACGCCGACUCACACAAGAACAAAGACUGGCAAGAGCAUGCUGCUGCAGUCGCUGCUGCAUUUGCGAAAGAGUUACUGGGAUAUGUCGAGCCAGAAGUGAUUCGAGAGGAGCGUUCGGUAAAGGAAAAGCUCGAAGAUAUUCAUGAUAUCGUUACAACAACUGAGUCAAAGGUAGAACGUUUGGGACGACAUAUGACCAAAAAACAAGAUGUUGAAGUCCUUGAAUGGCUUACACCUUACGAUUAUGGACCUCAGCAAAGCGAUUUCCUUGCCAGGCAUCAACCGGGAACUGGCCAGUGGUUCCUUGGGUCCAAUGUGUUUCAAACCUGGAUGCAAUCCAAAGGAACGACAUUAUUUUGCCCCGGUAUUCCUGGAUCCGGCAAAACGAUCAUUACCUCUGUUGUUAUCGACCGUCUUAGCCAAGAAUUUCAUGAAGACAAGACAGUCGGCAUUGCGUACAUUUUUUGCAACUACCUUCGACAUGGCCAGCAGAGCCUGCAAGAUUUACUGGCAAGUUUACUCAAGCAGCUCUCUCAGAGCCUAGAAGAUCUUCCGCAGGGCGUGAAGGCUCUUUACGACUGUCACGCCGGGGCACGAACAAGACCUUCCUCUGCCGAGUUGGCGGAGGCUUUACUCACUAUUUCAACCUUGUAUUCGAAACUUUUUAUCAUAGUCGACGCUCUUGACGAAUGCCAAUCAGCUGGAGAUUGCAGAUCAUCUUUUUUGGUGUACUUAUCCAGGGUCCAAGUUCUGGUAGGGGCAAACAUCAUGUGCACAUCACGCCAUAUUCCUGAAAUUGAAGAACAGUUUAGGGGCUGCUUUAAACUGGAAAUCAAGGCGUCAGAUGACGACGUCUACAAAUAUGUUGACAACCACUUGUCAAAGGCCCUUCAGUCCAUUCCAGAGACCCCUGAUCUGCAAGAUGCCAUCAAGUCGAAGAUAAUGAGACUAGCAGAUGGGAUGUUUCUUCUAGCAAAGCUAUACCUGGAUUCACUUAGAGACAAGACAUCAGCAACUGAAGUCCGUCAAGCGCUAGCGGACAUCGAACACCAGAGUAACAAGCAUGCGACAGACAACGACAAGAGAAACGUGCUUUAUCAGACAUACGACCAAGCCAUGGAUAGGAUUAACAACCACUUGCCCGGUUUCAGAAACCUCGGUAUGAAGACACUAGCCUGGAUCGUACAUGCAGAGAGGCCACUUACUACAUCGGAGCUUCAGCACGCCCUCGCCGUGAAUGAAGGCGAUGUAAAGCUGGACCGCGAAAACAUACGAAAGGUUGAAGUUGUCUUGUCAGUUUGCGCAGGCUUGGUGACGGUAGACGAAAACAGCGACGUGGUGCGGCUGGCGCAUUUCACCACGCAAGAGUACUUCAGGUCCACCCAGACUCAAUAUUUUCCAAACGCACAAAGUUACAUAUCGACGGCAUGCGUCACAUAUCUCUCAUUCCACGGGUACACGUACCCGCGCCGGUUCGAUGGGAAGCUUCCACCCGAACUGGAACCCCUCUCACUAUUCAGCUACGCGGCGGAAAACUGGGGGCAUCACGCUCGCAAAUGUGCAGCCGCGGUACAGAGCGUCGUCGACUUCCUGACCGACGACAUCAGCGUCGGCGUUGCAUCCAGCUUGUUGUGUAAUUACGCCCAAUUAUCUCCCGACAGACACUGGAGGGGUCUGCACGCGGCUGCGUUUUUCAAUCUUCGAGAAAUCUCAGACGCGCUGAUCCAACGCGGAUUCGACGUGAACUCUGCCACCAGGGAAUUGAAACUGACGCCUUUGAUGAUUGCUGCGGGCAGAGGCUUCGAGGAACUCGCCAUUCUCCUGCUAAAUAAUGGGGCUGACGUCCGACUGACGAACUGUCAUGGGUAUACGAGCCUUCUCUUUGCCGCUGAUGCGGGUAACUUGGCCAUUACGAAAUUGUUGCUGGAUAAGGGGGCCGAUGUCCACCAGAAGGACGACUGCGGGCGUACACCACUACAUUUGGCUUGCUACUACGGACGGCUGGACAUGGUAAGAUUACUUUUACAACAGGGAGCAAAGGUCGGUAUAAAGAGUAUGGCAGGAAGCACGCCACUAUCAGAAGCCCGUAAGGGAGGACACGAGGCUGUUGUCAAGUUUCUUCUCGAAUGGGGGGCGACACACAAUUCCAGUGGUGCGGAUGAGUGGGAGGCUAUUGUUAAGAGUUUAGGGAACCGGCAGAGGAUGAAUCAACGUCGUUCCAAGAAAAUGCUCAAGAAGUCUUCUUAA